ACAUACAAAGACCCAUCUCCAGUGAGGUCGCUUAUUUUCAAAGUUUCAUUUGAUCUACUUUGAAUAUAUAAUUACACAACGAUUUAAAACACAUAGAUCUGAUCUGAAUGGAUAGAUUAAAAGACCAGUGUUAGAGGUUUAAUGUUUUUUUUCGUGAAUCUCAAAAGCUUUUAUAUUUGAAAUACAAAUGUGGAUUAAAUAUUGGAACGGUUGCAAUACAAAAAUGAUUAAAUAUAACGUACAUCGACAUUGUAUUCACCGUUUCCUCAUCAGAGCAAGUGGACUCGAGAGGGGAUUAAGCGUCUCUCCCUCUAGAACAUCUCCAAUCAGAUGAGCAGCGCAGAGUCUGAACCAAGCAUCCGCAUUCAUCUCGGUAGGAAGAUUCUUGGAUAAAAGUACAAAUAAACAAUUCGCCAGAAGUCACGGUAAUUCAUGCUGGAUUACUAGAGUAUUGGGUUCUGUAAAAUUUCUACAGACAGCUGGAGAUGUGACUGACUGCGAUAUUGUCGUUCCCAGAGAGGUGACCAUUCCUGUUGAGUUGGCUGUCGCCUGUCAGGGUUUAUGUUGAGUUGGCUGUCGCCUGUCAGUUUAUGGAUGCACACUUUUCACAGUUGAUUAUCUUGAGGCAGUUUAUAGUGCUGUUUUUAACAGGUCUACUCUGUAGAAACGUGAACUGCCUGAUGUGCUGGAAAUGCAUUGGGAAGGAAUGUAAUGGUCAAGAUUAUGAAGACUAUUCACAAAAAGUCCAUUGUGACGUGGGCGAGUCUUGCAUGAAGGUUGUGUAUGAAAUGGUCGAUUACCCGUCCCCGGCCAAAUAUGAAUCUGUCGUGAGAACGUGCUCGAGAGGUACGUGUUCCCCAAUCACCAGUGAGACGUUCAAUGUGUGUCGAGGGAAACAUCGCUCUUACAGAUUCAAAGGUUGCACGAUACGGACGUGCUGUGAUGGAAACCUCUGCAAUGCUGCACCAGGACUGUAUUUUGAAAGUUAUUUCUGUUUCAUCUCCUCCGUGGUUUGGAUACGUUUAAUAGUUUGAUAUCGUGACUUUUCUGUGAUUAUUUUUUAAAAUCAGUGUGCAUAUGUUCCAUAAUUCAUCAAUCAUUCUAUACAUCAAGUUUUUCUAAAUUCUAAUACAUAUACAUUGUAA